UAUACAAUUCGUCACCGUUAAUUAGCAACAAUAAACAAUUCUUCGAGGUUAUGUCUAUUUAUGGGACACAAUCUGGACUCAUGUUGAGUAAACUGUUUCAUUCUGUGUAAGGUUGGCUUCAGAUCGUGUCCACCUCAUGGUGAAACUCUAAGAAAGGAUGAAAAAGAUAGGAAAGACGUUUUUCUGUCUGGUGUUGCUGGGCGUAGUUAUGGGUGUAGUUCUCCUGUUCUUCACGUCCUCCCAUCUCUCGGUCAGGGAAAUUGGUAUUCCAGGCAUUCAUCAAAACCACGUGGACAUUGAGAGUAGCUUCAACACAGAAAUGCGCCAACGAGUGAAGACAUUACAGUCCGCUUGCAAACAACUGAGAGCCAACGGAAGUGAUUUUUUCUCAAUUGAGAAAUCUAAACUGGGUCACAUUGUGGUGGAUGAUAAAUACCAGGUUAUGUACUGCUAUGUGCCAAAAGUUGCAUGCACGAAUUUGAAGAGGGUCUUCUUGCUUCUGACUGGAAUGAUGAAUGUCACAGAUCCACUGCAGUUGAAGUCUGCAGAUGUACAUGGCGUCCAUGAUAAAUACCUCAAGUACCUGAACACCGUACCAUCUUCCGGAAUUGCGUACAGGUUAAAACAUUACAAAAAAGUGAUCUUUGUGCGCGAGCCAUUAGAGAGGCUUUUAUCUGCUUACAGAAACAAAUUUCUACAAAAUGGCAACGAAUACUUCAAAGAUCGGUUCGGUCGAAAGAUCAUCAAGCAAUAUCGGAACAAUGCGAGCGCGAUGUCACUCGAGAAAGGUCAUGAUGUCCGUUUCGAGGAGUUUGUGGAGUACUUUGUGGAUCCCAAAACACAGGGUCAGCAAUACAACGAGCACUGGGCACCGUUCUUUGACCUCUGUCAUCCUUGUCACAUGAAGUAUAACUUUAUUGGGAAGUACGAGACCCUGGAUGAUGACGUUAACGGGCUGUUGCGUAUUUUGAACGUGCACAAUCAAAUCCGUUUCCCAGACAGGGGAGACAACUAUAAGACUUUGAAGACCGAGGACAUGCUGUGGAAAUUCUACAAAUCGCUCGAUCCUGUUGCAGUCGCGAAAAUGGUUGAUAUUUAUUCGAACGAUUACAGUCUGUUUGGUUAUGAUCUUCCCCCAGUUGCCCAAAAAAAGUUAGCUAAAAUUUAGUUGCCCGAAAAAAGUUUACUAAAAUUUAGUUGCCCAAAAAAAGUUAACUAAAAUUUAGUUAGUUACGAAAAAUUUACAUCUUUGUGUUAUAUUUUUGUGGUUCAUAUAACAUUAAAUAUGUUGUUAGUCCAUAAACGUUACAAACAUAUAAUGAUUGGGUCUAACAAAAACUUAAUUGAAUUUUUUCUCUAUGACUGUUGUUUGCGUCAUCGAUAUUUUUUGUCCACUUGUGCCUUAAGUUUGAAUUACAGUUUAUUUAAUUACAUUUCCACACUAUUGUGGUUGUACCAAAAGCAGCGGUCAUAUUUACUGUUUGUUGAUUUACAUGUAAUGCUUGAUAAUUGUUAUAACCAAACAUAUAUUUACCAAAGACAUUUUGUCUGGAAUAUAUAUUUAAAAAAAUAUUUAAUCAACAACAUUUUGUUCUGGAAGUAUAUAAAGUAGUUCACCUGUAACAUUUUAAAUACAAGAGUUCAGUCAGCAGCACAUUUUUAUGCCCCUGAAGGAGGGCAUAUAGUGAUCGGACCGUCUGUCCGUCUGUCUGUCUUUCCGUCACACUUUGCAUUUAGGUUUUGCAUUUAGGUUUCGAAAAAUGCUCAUAACUUCUAUGUCGCUCCAGAUAGCAACUUGAUGUUUGGCAUGCAUGUGUAUCUCAUGUAGCUGCACAUUUUGAGUGAUAAAAGGUCAAGGUCAUCCUUCAAGGUCAAAGGUCAAAUAUAUGGCUUCAAAGCGGCGCAGAAGGGGUCAUUGUGUUUCCGACAAAUACAUCUCUUGUUCUUUUCUUCCAUGAUGAUUAUUGCAAUAUUGUUUCAUUAGAGAUUGUUGUUCUAAAAUGGAGUUGUGGACAUUAUGAUGUUCAUCAUGUGCAGUAAAGUAUUGUUUCAUUCGAGAUUGUUAUUUUAUUAUAUGGAGUUGUGGACAUUAUUAAGAUCUCCGGGCCUUUCACAAUCUUCAUGCAGCCUUGUCAUUUUAAAAAACAUUGCUGUUGGGCUGUUUUUAAAUGUUUGUAUUUGUGAAUAGAUCAUUUUAGUUUGUGAUAUAUUUUUGUAAUAUAUUUGCUAGUUUCGUGUGUUUGUUAAAAUGUUGUCACUAAGCAUUUGGCAAUUAUUUGUAAUGAUAUACAUUUGAUUUACAAGCUUUAUUAACCAUAUUCAUUCUUGUUAUUUGUACAAAAAUCUUUAAGGUAUGCAUUUUUAGCUUGGCUGUUUUCGGAGAAAACCCGAGGUAUUGUCAUAGCCAGCUCGUCGUCCGCCGUCCGCUGUGCUCAAACGUUGAUAUUUUCCUCUAACAUCAAAGUGCUUCCACCUACAAGUUUGAAACUUCAUAUGUAGAUGAACCUUGAUGAGUUCUACAUGCCACACCCAUUUUUAGGUCACUAGGUCAAAAGUCAAGGUCAGUGUGACCUCUAAAAAAACAUUAAAAAAUUCUGACAAGCUUUCACAGCCGAGCGUGGCACCCGUUAUGCGGUGCUCUUGUUUAUAUUUUUUAAGUAUACCUUUUUCUGAUAUUAUUUAUUGCUUUCUGCACAUUCUGGUUUAUUUAAUCUUAACUAUAUAUUUGUGUUAUUGGUUUUUAAUUGGAAUUUAUUAAAGUAUAUUUACCUCUACUUGUAAGAAAGGCUUUGUAAGAAAAAGUCAGUAUUAUUUUCAUUCUAAACCUUGAUCUUCAUAUGCUUGCAAACAGGCUAUACAGCCAAAUGGUAUAAAAAAGUAAUUAAAGAAAAAGUAAUUGUUUGAAACAGCCUGAUUUUUUCAAGGUAUUUGUGUUAUAAUAUACAUAGUACCUUCUAUGAACAAAGUGUAUAAUAAACUUAAAUAAGGUAACACAUUUAUGAUGAUGUUAUCAAGCGCUACUACUUCUUGGUUAGUAGUGCAUCUGGUAAUAAUAAAAGCAGUACUUGUUGUUGAUACGAUAUAUAUCCUGCUCUUUAUGUUUAUAAAUAUAAAAAUCAGAACAGUACCAAUUGUGUCUUGGCCAAUUGCAAAACUUUGUCACUAGGUAAACUGUAAGAAUAAGAUCUCUAAGGUCUCUAAUGAGCCUUUGGCCUUUUUGUAUAAAGUAUUAACAUGUAUUUUGAAUUAAUAUAUUGUAACAGAAUUGUGCCAAAUUCUUGCUUAAUUUGCUGAUUGAAUACAUUUUAAUGUUUAAUUUCUGUGCAAAAUCAGUGGUUUAUUUAAUAACUCUUAAUGUUGUAGUAAAAAAAUGUUGGCUAAAGAGGGUUAUGGUACCCAUAACAUGUAUGUGUAUGAAUGUACAUUUAUUGACUGGCAAGACACGCAUGGUACAGUAUUUUAUAUGUACGUAUAUUAGUAUUAUUUAAGACAUGUAGAGUUAUUACUAUGUUAAAGUUGCAUGCUUUGAAGAUGUGAUUUUUUUAUACGGGUAAACAUUAAGUCUCCACUAUUGAAAGGGAUAAUGGUGUUUUUUUUAUAUUACAAUUAUAUUUUAUGCCCCCGGAUCGAAUGAUCGGGGGUAUAUUGUUUUUGGCCUGUCUGUCAGUCUGUCAUUCUGUGGAAAACUUAAACCUUGGUUAAAGUUUUGCAAUUUUAUAUAACUUUUACAAUAUUGAAGAUAGCAACUUGAUAUUUGGCAUGCAUGUGUAUCUCAUGGAGCUGCACAUUUUGAGUGGUGAAAGGUCAAGGUCAUCCUUCGAGGUCGAAGGUCAAAUAUAUGGCUUCAAAGCGGCGUCAAAACUUUAACCUUGGUCAUAACUUUUGUAAUAUUGAAGAUAGCUACUUUAUAUUUGGCAUGCAUGUGUAUCUCAUGGAGCUGCACAUUUUGAGUGGUGAAAGGUCAAGGUCAUCCUUCAUGUUCAAAGGUCAAAUUUAUGGCUUCAAAGUGGCGCAAUAGGGGGCAUUGUGUUUCUGACAAACACAUAUCUUGUUUUAAAUAUUGUCAUAUGAAAUAUUGUAAGAAAAACAUUUCCCUAACAAGAGUUCCGCGGUCGGAGAUGACCGCAUUGAAGCCGGAUUUUUGAUUUAAAUGACAGGAAAGUACCUUUCGUGUUUUUGUCAAUGCAAUACUUAAAUUACUGAAAUAUUGUUCAAAGGUCAAAAUGAAAUGUAAGUACUUUUCAAGGCAUGAGCAAACCUUGUGUUAUGUUUUGAAUGCAUGCAUAUACAUGAACAACAAUAACAUAUAAGGUCACAAAUAUGAACUUGAAUUGACAAUUAGGAAAGUUUGAUCUUAAUUUUUUUAUUAGCAAAUUAGUAAGAUAUUGUUUGAAGUUUCCAUCAAUUUCAUUAUCGAACUUUAACAUUUUUACAUUCAAGGUCACAGUGACCUUGACCUUAGAAUGAAUGACCUUGAAAUGACCAGUGGUCAUCUAAGUGUGCUUGCAAACCUUCAUGUCAAGUUUGAAGACUCUAUGUCCAAGCAUACCAAAGUUAUAACAAUUUUAACAUUUUAACAUUUAAGGUCACAGUGACCUUGACCUUCAAAUGAAUGACAUUGAAAUGACCAGUGGUCAUCUUCUAGUACUGGCCAAUCUUUAUUUCAAGUUUGAAGACUCUAGGUACAAGCAUACCAAAGUUAUAACAUGAAAUAAGAACUUUAACAUUUUUACAUUCAAGGUCACAGUGACCUUGACCUUCAAAUGAAUGACCUUGAAAUGUCCAGUGGUUACUUACUAGUUCUGGCCAACCUUCAUGUCAAGUUUCAAGACUCUAGGUCCAAGCAUACCAAAGUUAUAACAACUUUAACAUUUUUAUAUUGAAGGUCACAGUGACCUUCACCUUCAAAUGAAUGACCUUGAAAUGACCAGUGGUCAUCUGUUAAUCCUGGCCAACCUUCAUGUCAAGUUUGAAGACUCUAGGUCCAAGCAUACCAAAGUUAUACCAUGAAAUAAGAACUUUAACAUUUUUACAUUCAAGGUCACAGUGACCUUGACCUUCAAAUGAAUGACCUUGAAAUGACCAGUGGUUACUAACUAGUUAUGGCCAACCUUCAUGUCAAGUUUCAAGACUCUAGGUCCAAGCAUACCAAAGUUAUAAGAACUUUAACAUUUUUUAUAUUGAAGGUCACAGUGACCUUGACCUUCAAAUGAAUGACCUUGAAAUGACCAGUGGUCAUCUGUUAAUCCUGGCCAACCUUCAUGUCAAGUUUGAAGACUCUAGGUCCA